CUCAUCUUCUGACUUUCUGUGUUCUGCUGUGUCGCUCUGGAUCUUCGAGUCGCAUACAUAGAAGUCCACAGACAUGGCUGGUGAACCCAUCAGGUCACCCGGCCACGGCGAUCUUCUUCGGCACGUGAACGCGUCUUUCUGACCCACUCCUGUCAUGUCCGACGAAACCGACGAGUACGACGGCCAAACGAGCCUCAAGAAGAGGAAGAUCCAGCGCGCAUGCGACUCAUGCCGACGCAAGAAAAUCCGAUGCGAUGCGGCCCAGAUGCCCAUAGGCACGCAGUGCUCCACUUGUGCAUCGUACGGAUCCCAGUGCUCGUAUGUGGAGGCAGCCAAGAAACGGGGUCCUCCAAAAGGGUACAUCGAGAGCAUCGAAAGUCGCAUUGAGAGGAUAGAACAAUUUUGAAGACAGUGAGAUCUACGAUAGCAGCCCGGGUCCUUCUCACCCUCUCCCAGUCGGCCGGAAGCACAUCAGGAACAUGGGGGCCAUCGCAACCCACAGACGAAGACGAUGAUGACGCUUUUCAGCUCAAUCUCACCGAAAAUCUACAACGCCUUUCCCUCAACACCGAAAGGGACGAUCUGUUCUAUGGGCGGUCUUCCGGCACUAUGCUCUUACAGACGGCGUUGGACUACAAACAACAUCUAGAGCCUCCAACUGACCGCCGGCCCAUCCAGUUUUGGGCCGCACGUCCUGUUCAUGAACCCCAGCCUCGUGCACAGUACCGGUUCCCACCUCCGGAUCUGACAAAUGCUCUUGUGGAAUUAUACUUUGCCGAAGUGAACAGCUUUCUGCCCUUGUUGCACCGCCCGACAUUUGUUCGUGAUCUCAGGGCAGAGUUGCACCUGGUCAAUGAUGGCUUCGCUUCGACGCUUCUUCUUGUCUGCGCCAUUGGCGCUAGAUAUAGCCUUGACCCCCGCGUGUUCAUCUCCGGCAGCGACGAUCGAUACUCGCGUGGAUGGCCCUGGUUUGAGCAGGUGCAACUGGUCCGCGAUCCGCUGGGCCCUUCGCCGACUGUGUACGAUGUGCAGUCCAAUGCCCUGUCUGUUACAUUUCUACACGGCUCGUCUGUCCCGCAGUGCUGUUGGACGCUCGUUGCCAUGGGUAUUCGUAUGGCGCAGGACGUCGGCGCCCAUCGACGGAAAGAUGGAACCCAUGUAUGGACAGUCGAGGAUGAAUUGUGGAAGAGAGCGUUCUGGGUUCUUAUUAUGCUGGAUAGGAUGUCUUCGCUCCAGCAUGGGCGGCCGGUCACGAUCCAGGACGAAGACUUUGAUCUUGAUUUCCCAAUUGAAUGCGACGACGAAUUCUGGGAAACCGAAGAUCCCGCCUUGGCGUUCCGUCAGCCGAAAAAUCGGCCAUCCACCAUUUGUGGUUUCAAUGCUUUCCUCCGGCUUUCUCAAGUGCUAUCUUUUGCUCUCCGAACUCUUUACUCCACCAUCAAGUCGAAAGCCUUAUUCAGUCUCACCAAGGACAAGAGCUGGAGCAGCCGCAUUGUCGCUGAAUUAGAUUCUGCUUUGGACAAGUGGCUGCGAGAACUGCCUGAACACCUGAGAUGGAGUUCCAUCAUGGAAAACGAAGAAUUCUUCCAGCAAUCGGUAUCUCUGCACUGCAGCUACUAUCACAUCCGGAUUACUGUUCACCGCCGACUCAUACCGAUGAACACGUCAACGAAAACGUCUUCCGCCUUUUCGUCUCUUGCGGUCUGUGUCAACGCAGCCAAAGCGUGUUGUCGUGUGGUGGACGCUUAUCAGCGCCGAUUUGGUGACCGGCCUCUGCCGCAGAGCCAGCUGCCUGUUUACACGGCAGGAUUGAUACUGCUGUUGAACUACUGGGGCGGCGAGUACAACGGUCUGGGGCUGACCACCGACCCAAUCCAGGACUCUGCGGACGUCAAGCGCUGCAUGCGCUUCAUCAAAGCCGGCGAAGAGCGCUGGUUCUCUUCCGGCGUACUCUACGAUCUUCUGUUUGAACUGAGCGACAUCGGCAGACCGUUGGGCACGACCAUGCCCCAGAGCAAAAGGGAACGAGAUGCGAAUGAGGCCAAGGAGCAAUUCAGGAGCCACGGCGACUUCAAAAACCACGGCGAUCCGCUCGAUGAUCCCGCUGACAGCCGACGGCGGCCAAGUUUUCCGGUCGUCCCACCCAUCAAUACCCAGUUCCAUGUGCCCCCUGCCAGCUAUUACCAGGAGAACCCGAUCUCGGGCACGUCUCCCGAGCAAUACCGUGCGCACUCGUCAUACCCCUACCCGCAGACCUCGUUGUCGAGCGCCACGAGUCGCAGCCACGUUUCAGACGUCCAUCAUCUGCCUGCCGAAACGCCGCUCUCUUCCACUUCCAGCCAUCGGAGCCACUACGAGGAGCCGGCCAAAAGAAUGGGAUACGUUCCUGUUCCUGCUGGAUAUGCCGCUAAUCAACCAGCGCGCAACUGGUACCCGGGCGGUGACACGACCAUGUCACACCCGCCCUCGGCACCUCCAUCCCAAUCCCCAUCUUUCCCCGUCUCCGAGGCUUUCUACAACCACAUUGCCACCAAUUAUUCGCCAUACCAGGACCAUCCGACUCAAAGGCACAUUCCCCGCGAGGAUGGAAUGCAAAUGUGGAGUGCUUGGGACGCUUAUCCGAGCCAGGGGUCAGCCCCAGACCCACGACUCCGCUAAAUACCACGCUAGAUCUGCCAAAUACCAUCUGUAUUGUACUUGCAUAACUUACUUGAAUACUAAGUUAAGUACGUUGUUGAAAUCGAUAGAAUGUAUCUGGCUGUGACCCAUUGUGUCACACUUGUCCAAUC